CCAUCGCAAACUCAUCGCUUGACGCCCUUAGACCAGAGAGAGAGGUCCACUUCGGCGCCCAACGUCUGCUUCAAUCUAGUCUCUCAUAACGACCUUACCAUCGAAGAGAUCCGUACACUCACUGGCGGUGCGUUUAGUAGCUUACAUCCGCCCCAUUCCUCUGGUACGAGAGCUACCAGUUCCACAUCGGGAUAUCAGGACUCCUUAUCUCCGUCUCCGUCGCCCACAACCACUCAAUCGGCCGGCGGUUCGCCGACUGGUAUUCGUCAGCACUCGCGUCCGCGUCCGAGGGCCCGAUCGGCCGACGAGUCCUCCAAAAAGAUUAGACCCAACUCUGGCGGACGCGAAUCGAUCGAAGACUGGGAGAUACCACUCAAAGAGAUACUUACGGGACCGCGAAUCGGGUCCGGCUCUUUUGGGACGGUAUACCAGGGUCAUUGGCACGGACCCGUCGCUCUCAAGAAACUUAAUGUCACGGAUCCCACACCCGCUCAGCUUCAGGUGCGAUAUCACUACUGA